CAUCUCUGCGCUCGCGGCACUCGCAUCUCUGGAUCUGAGCUCUAACUCCCUCACCGUCUCCAUUCCCGACAGCAUCUCUGCGCUCAAAGCACUCGCAUCUCUGAAUCUCAGCUCUAACUAUCUCGCAGGCUCCAUUCCCAGCAGCAUCUCCGCACUCACGGUAGUCACAUACCU